AUGGGGAUGAAGAAGGUAAAGCUAUCUUUGAUAGCUAAUGAAAUAUCAAGGGAAACAUCCUUCAUGAAGAGGAAAAAUGGGAUAAUGAAGAAACUCUACGAGUUGUCAACUCUAUGUGGUGUCCAAGCUUGUACUCUCAUCUACAGUCCAUUCAUUCCGGUUCCAGAGUUUCUGGAGAUGUCGCCGACAGCCCGAACAAGGAAGAUGAUGAAUCAAGAAACGUAUCUAAUGGAGAGGAUUACCAAAGCAAAAGAGCAACUACAGAACCUGGUUGGUGCGAACCAAGAGUUACAGGUUAGACGAUUUAUGUUUGAUUGUGUUGAAGGCAAAAUGUCGCAGUAUCGUUAUGAUGCAAAAGACCUUCAAGAUUUGUUAUCUUGUAUAAAUCUAUAUCUCGAUCAGCUUAACGGAAGGAUCGAGAUCCUUAAAGAACACGGUGACUCGUUGCCUUCCGUCUCUCCUUUUCCUACUAGAAUUGGUGUUGAAGAAACUGGUGAUGAGUCGUCUUCCGACUCUCCUAUUCUUGCUACAACUGGGGUUGUAGAUACUCCUAAUGCUACAAAUCCUCGUGUUCUUGUGGCCGAUACGACUCAUUUUCUUGAUGCGAAUGCAACUGCGGUAACUGCUCCCUUUGGAUUUUCUAAUCAUAUUCAAUAUAAGAAUAUGAAUAUGAGUCAAGAUCUGCAUCGACCGUUUCAACACCUUGUUCCUACUAACUUUUGUGAUUUUUUUCAAAAUCAGAAUAUGAAUCAGGUUCAAUACCAGGCUCCUCCUAAUGAUAUGUUUAAUCAGAUUCAACGAGAGUUCUACAACAUUAAUUUGAAUCAGAAAUCAAAUCAGUAUAUGAAUCAACAACAACCAUUCAUGAAUCCGAUGGUGGAACAACAUAUGAGUCAUGUUGGAGGGCGUGAGAGCAUUCCUUUCAUGGACGGAAACUACUACAACUACAAUCAACUACCAGUCGUUGAUCAUGGUUCCACAAGUUACAUGCCUUCCACCACCGGUGUUUAUGAUCCUUACUUCAACAAUAAUCUCUAA